AAAUGGAAUAAUAAGCGAUAAUUUCGCUAUUAUUAAUAAGUGGUAAAACCUAUUUAAGAAAACUAUUUUAGUUUGAUUAACGAAAAUGUUCGUUACACCUGGCAAGCUAACUGUGCUACUAAGGGGACGUUUACCCGUUGUAUUUUUUUAUGUUAAGAAACGAAUAGUUCAAGAACUUUGUUGUAGUGUCGCACUGGGAAAUUAUAACGAAGCUAACCCAAUUCCUCUCCCAAUUGAUGUGGAUGCUGCUAAGACCCGUGACUUCUCGUCCAUAGUAAUUCCGUCCCAUGGUCCUACAUCAAACAUUAAUAUCACCACUGACAAAAGUUUAAGUACCCUCCUAAGCAGCCUUAACUGUUGCCAAGAUUUCCGUGUACAUUCCUAUGAUUCCUUUGGUCUGAGCAGUGUAAGGUCGGCGAUGCAUAGAAAUUUACUUAUGCCCUUCGGAGGGUUCAACCAGUUUACGCAUCUGAACAUGCACGGCGGACAGUGUUCGCAGAAAUAUAAUUUUAUAGCACAAAACAUGCAAUUCUCGCUCUAUAGUGGGACACGCAAUAGUCUACGAGCGGAUUGGGUGACCUAUGAUCAAAACGUCACUCUCGGGAGUUAUGACCAAGGUUUCAGAUCACGACGAUCUUUUAGCACACAAUCAACGUCUCCGAACUCUCCAACAACUAAAUCAGCCAAAUCGAACUCGAUUUUCACAGAAUCAGCUGUAAAACUGAGUCAAAAAGAACGGCUCAAGAGAGCGUUUCAGGAAUAUGGACUUUCUAUUGUGGCAUUCCAUGUAGGGAUGUCCUUGAUUUCGCUUGGAAGUUUCUAUGUACUCGUAUCUAGUGGAAUAAACUUGGUUCCUGUUAUGGAUUUUCUUGGAAUCGCGUCACCCACGGUUGCGGAGAAGGUGGCAACAGGAAGCACGUUUGUUGUGGCCUACGCCGUUCAUAAAGUAUUUGCCCCGGCAAGAAUUAGCAUCACAUUGGGUGCCAUACCGUUUAUUAUACGCUAUCUUCGAUCUAAAGGAUUAAAAUUGCCGAAAACCAGGAACACUUAGCGCUUUACAAGUCCUAUAUUUAAUACACAAUACAAAUGGAGCUUAAAAACUUUAAAUGCGUUUAAUGACAUAUAUUAUUUUCAAUUUGAUUUACCAUAUAAAAAGGUCAUUAUGAAAAAAACAAAGAAUUUUUUUUUUUUUCUAAUUUCGUUCGUUCUAGUGUUUUUGGGGAAUUUUCUCUUAUUUAUAAAAUCACACCUUUAUUUUAUUUAUUUGCAAAAGGACAGGCUUGAAGUAAUAGAGCAAGGCACUAAUCUAAUUUUAUUUAAAACAAGGUUCAAUGACAUUGACGAGAGUGGCUUGUAAUAUGUCUAAGUUCAUACGAGGGCAGUCCGAUAAGUACUAAGUCUCACCGCCCGAGCGUCACUAUCGCAAGAGAAAUGUAUUAUCGUUUAGUACAUUCUUGUAGACAACUACUGUCGAAAUUUCAGACGAAUCAGACUCGUGGUUUUGUUUUGACUGCUUGUGGAGUCGGACGUGUGUGCGGAUUUUAGAAGAAAGGAAAUAGAGCCAUAUCGGUCUGUGAUUCGAUUCUUGUUUUUGGAAAGGGGAAAUUGCGCACCGAAAUCAAAGAACGCUUGGAUGCUGUGUACGGCGACUCUUCUCCUUCGAUGGCGACCGUUAAAAAUUGGUUUAACGAACUUCAACGUGGUCGCACCUCGGUUUUUGAUGAGCCACGCCCAAGUGCCCCGAAAACGGCUACUACGGAGGAAAAAGGUGACAAAAAUCCACGAUCUCGUAUUGGCAGACCGCCGGUUGAAGAUACACGAGAUAGGUGAGACAGUAGGCAUGUCAGAAGACCGCGUGGAUUAUACCCUGCAUGAAAUCUUGGGCAUGAGAAAGCUGUCGGCGCGAUGGGUGUCGCGUACCGUGAGACCUCUUCAAACCAGUGUUUGCGCUGUUUAAGCGCAAUCCGAAGAAGUUUCUGAGUCGUAUCGUGACCGUCGACGAAACAUGGAUCCAUUGAUCACACCAGAGACCAAGGAACAGUGGACUUCACCAGGCCAACCUGCUCCGAAGAAGGCGAAGACUAUCGGCCGAAAAGGUGAUGGCCACAGUUUUUUGGGAUUCACAAGGUUUGAUCUACAUCGACUACCUGGAGAAGGGCAAAACGGUCGCCUAUUCGCCGCCGAAUUGCAGAAAAUACGGCCCCAUCCAAUUUAACGAAUUUUGCUACGAACUGCUACCCCAUUCACCAUAUUCUCCAGAUUUGGCUGCGUGUUACUUCUUUUUGUUUCCAAACUUGAAAAAGUCUCUCGCUGGACAGAAAUUUGCGUCGAAUGAGGUCGUCGCCGCCAGAGAGGCCUACUUUGCAGACCUCGAGAAAACGUAUUUUUCAGACGGGUUAAAUAAGUUUGAGCAUCGCUGGGUCAAGUGUAUCUCGCUAAAAGGAGAUUAUGUUGAAAAACAAAUCGCCACAUUUCCAAAAUUUUCGUUUUUCGUUUUUGACGCUUAGUUCUUAUCAGACCACCCUAAUUACUUGUCCACGACGACAAACAAGGAGCCAACGCUCAGACAUUACUCAGUUCACAACAUAUAGAUCUGCAAGAUUUGUUACCUAAAAUAUAAUUUUUGGGACGGUAGCCGUUUUUAGGAAAUGGAGCCCAAAACACGGCACAAAGCUAUUUCUUAAGUAUGUGCGUGACUUGUCUACAGCGCAUAAGGAAUAUUGUGAUAUUCUGUAAACUUAUUAUUGUAGGGACCAGCCGGUCAAUUACAAACACGUCGCGCAGUAAUAGAUUGAAUCUUAUCACAAGGAGAAAACAUAUCUAUCUAUCUAUCUAAAUGAAAUAUAAAAAUCCGGUGGUUGAAAAACAACUCGAUAGAGAAGAUAGCGAACAGCAGACUAAGAUCUGUCCUGACAAGGAAAGAUCCUUUCAACGAACUUAACUUUAUGGAUCACAAAAUAAAAGAGCCUGAAUAUACAUGUAGGCAAAGCUAUUCUUUAAGAAUGUGCAUGACUUGUCUACAGCGCAUAAGGAGAUUGUGGAUAUUCUGUAAAGGUAUUAUUAUAGGGACCAGCCGGUUGUAACUUAUCGCAAGGAGAUAAUGAAAUGUUGUUACUGAUUGAAAUACCUGGAAGCGGAGGAAAAAUAGCAAAAGCUCUAUUCAUGUACACCAGUUUUUGAAACACUAAUGGAGGUAUAUCUAAUGUAAUUACAAAUCGGCCAUCAUUACCCAUUGAAAACGAUCUUAAUAUUGCCGGGGAACUGCUGUUCAAAGAUCCUCACAUUCGGCAACCCGGACCCAUUACCCUUAAUUUAAGGGCUGGUCUCUAUCCCUGCCUUUUGACCCGUUAACUUCCUAGACUAGAACCUAAUAUUUUUCUAGGCUUUGUUAUGUACUCACAGAUUUACUCAAAGAAGAAACCUUCUGUAAUACGAAAAUAAAACAUAUAUUGAAAUGAAAUAUGAAAAUCCGGUGGUUAAAAAACAACUCGAUAGAGAAGAUAGCGAACGGUGGACUAAGUUCUGUUUUGACAAAGAAAUAUCCAUUCAACGAACUUAACUUUAUGGAACAUAAAUUACAGAGUCUGAAUAUACAUGUAGGCAAUCAAGAUUUAUCAAAACUGACCCAAUCGAACCAGAAUCAACCGUUACAAGUAAUGGUGUUUUGCAACUAACUGAUGUACAUACAUACAUACCAUUAAAAUGUGAUUCCAAUCUCAUUAAUAUAUGGUAACAUUUUUAAUUGCAAACGGCCCAUAUACUAAUGACAUGCCAUAUGCCCAAUUUCAUCAAGAGCAACAUUUCUGUCCACACAUCAAUGCCGAAAAAAGGUGCGGUUAGGAUUGUAUGCUUACUGUACAAUUUGGACAAGGCUAACCAACAUCACGCCUUAAUUGAAGCUACCUUUUAACAGGGAGAAUGUGGGCACCAAAAAAUUGCUCAGCAGGACCAGAAUAAAAAAUGCUGUUGAGGAGACGCGAAGUGUCUCGGUGCGAUGCUGGCCGUCACCGCGUGAGUGCUCAGGUUUACUCAAACAAAAAACCUUAUGUAAUACGAAAAUAAAAACUAUUUUGAAAUUAAUGAUAAAAUCCAGUUGAAAAACACAACUCGAUAGAGAAGACAGCGAACGGCAGAAUAAGGUCUUUGUCAAGACAAAGAACGAUCCAUUUAACGAACUUAGCUUUAAUGGAUCAUACAAUAAUAGAACCUAAAUAUACACGUAGCCAAUUAAGAUCUAUCAACUCUGACUCAAACGAAUCAGAAUCAACAGCUACAAGUUGCAACUAACUGAUGUACAUACUCUAAGGGAUUUAACUAUAAAAAUAUGAUCCCAUUCUCAUUUACUUUAACUUUUUUAUGACAUUUCUAGUUGCAAACGGUCCUUAUACUAAUGACAUUCCAUUUGAUCAGUUUUUUUAAAGGCACAACUUUUAGUGCAAGAUAUUAAAAAUUUUUUUUUUCAUUUGUUUCUUUUAUUUUUUAAAUUAAAUGCAUAAUAUUUGAAGAAUUUUGUGUCAAAUUUGAAGUCAAUAAAAGCUAAAUUGUCGGA